CUUUUUGUUGCUUGAGAGAAAAAUAAAAUAAAUUUAUUCUUUUCUUGACAGGGUCCUGACCCGUGACAGGCAUGCUAGUCUUCUUUACACAACACACACACAAGAGACCCUAAUAGCUUUUUCUUGGACUGUGAAAAAAUGAGUUUCUGGCAUAGCAAGCAAGAGCUGUGGUCUGAUCUAGAGAUUAUUAGAACUGAGAGCUUGACUGCUGAAUAAUAUCCUCAUCAACAGCAAAUAGAGAUAAGGUGUUUGUUUGCUUAUUUUUGCCUGACAGGGAAAUGAGAAGAGUGAUGGAAGCUGCAGCAGCAAUCAGGGCUAUGAUUUUUCUAUCCUUUUGGGGUUCUUCCAUUGCUCUGCUUUCACCCAAAGGUGUCAACUUUGAAGUUCAAGCUUUGAUGGGUAUAAAAAGUGGAUUGAAGGAUCCUCAUGGGGUGCUUGACAAUUGGGAUGGUGAUGCUGUUGAUCCAUGUAGCUGGACAAUGGUCACUUGUUCUUCUGAGAAUCUUGUUAUUGGCCUAUUGUGUUGUGCAGAGGGAGCCCUAGCCAGAAUUUAUCAGGCACUUUGUCCCCAAGCAUUGGGAAUUUGACCAAUCUCCAGAUAAUACUAUUGCAGAACAAUAACAUUACUGGGCCAAUUCCAAUGGAGCUCGAAAGACUGUCGAAGCUUCAGACACUCGAUCUUUCGAACAACCUCUUCACGGGCACCAUUCCUCCUUCUUUAGGCCACUUGAGAAAUCUGCAAUACAUGAGGUUCAACAAUAACAGUCUAUCCGGAGAGGUUCCUGCGUCCCUAACCAAUUUGAGCCGGCUUUCACUAGUGGACCUUUCGUACAACAACUUGAGUGGCCCGGUGCCUCGAUUCCCUUCAAAGACGUUUAACAUAGUCGGGAAUCCGUUGAUAUGCCAGAGGGGAUCGGAGCCACAGUGCACCGGCGGGAUGGCAUUGAUGCCAAUGUCAAUGACCUUGAACACAACAGAAACUGCUGUCACCGGAAAACCAAAACGGAAAAAGCUAGCCCUUGCAUUCGGGGUAAGCCUCGGUUGCAUCUGUCUCCUCAUCGCCGGAUUCGGGCUGUUUCUGUGGCGAAGACAUAAGCAGAGGCAGGAAAAGUUCUUCGACGUCAAUGAUCGCCGUCACGAAGAAGUGUCGCUCGGAAAUCUAAGGAAGUUCCAGUUAAGGGAACUGCAGCUCGCAACCAACAAUUUCAGCUCGAAGAACAUCCUCGGCAAGGGCGGGUUCGGAAACGUCUACAAGGGCAGUCUUCACGACGGAACGGCCGUGGCUGUGAAGAGACUCAAAGACGGAAGCACCGCAGGAGGCGAGCGGCAGUUCCAAACCGAAGUCGAGAUGAUUAGCCUCGCCGUCCACCGCAAUCUCCUCCGAUUAUAUGGUUUCUGCAUGACUCCGACCGAGAAGCUCCUCGUCUACCCUUACAUGUCGAAUGGAAGCGUCGCUACCCGUCUCAAAGCGAAACCGGGUUUGGACUGGGCGGCGAGGAAGCGAAUCGCGCUGGGAGCAGCGAGGGGUCUUCUGUAUCUCCACGAACAGUGCGAUCCAAAAAUAAUCCACCGCGACGUCAAGGCUGCUAACAUACUUCUCGACGAGUACUGCGAGGCGGUGGUCGGCGAUUUCGGGCUGGCAAAGCUGUUAGAUCACCAGGACUCGCACGUAACGACUGCCGUGCGCGGAACCGUGGGGCACAUCGCCCCAGAGUACUUAUCGACCGGCCAGUCCUCCGAGAAGACGGAUGUUUUCGGGUUCGGGAUCCUUCUGCUCGAGCUGAUCACGGGACAACGGGCGCUGCAAUUCGGGAAGUCGGCUAAUCAGAAAGGCGCCGUUCUCGAUUGGGUGAGGAAGCUUCACCAAGAGAAGAAACUCGAGGAUCUCGUUGACAAAGACUUGAAGAAUAGCUACGACAGAAUCGAGCUGGAGGAGAUGGUUAAAGUGGCGCUGCUGUGCACGCAGUAUCUUCCUGGGCUGAGGCCGAAGAUGUCUGAAGUGGUGCGGAUGCUCGAGGGAGACGGGCUGGCGGAGCGAUGGGAGGCCAGUCAGAGAGUCGAAUCGCACAAGGUGAAAACGCAGGAACUUUCUUCGUCGGAACGGUACUCGGACCUCACCGACGACUCGUCGUUGCUCGCCCAAGCCAUCGAGCUCUCCGGGCCGAGGUGACGAGAGUGUCUCGGCUCGUUGGAUAAUUACUGUGUUUGUCCCACAAGUGAUUCGAAGAUGGCAAACUUCUCAAAUGGGAAGGUAACCUAAAUUUUCUUGAUUUGUUUUUGGAUAUAUAUAUAUAUAUAUAUUGAUAGGAAGCUGAAGAAGAUAUAUUAGUUGAAGCUUCAAUGAGCUUUUGAUCUCACAUCUUUACUGUAUAUAGUAUUGAUCUUGUUUCAAUGUUCUUUUCUGUUGUAUUUAAUUUUAUUUGAUUACAUGAUUUUCAAUUUUUUAUGUGCAAGCUACUCCGAAAGUGUGGGU